CCCCUGCCGCUGCCGCCGCCGCUCCGCAGGGCCCCGCGGUUCGUGUCGCAGCCCCGCUACGUGGAGACGCUGCUGGUGGCCGACGCCUCCAUGGUGCGCUUCUACGGGGAGGAUGUGGAGAACCACGUCCUGACCCUGAUGUCCAUGGCAGCUCACAUCUACAAGCACCCCAGCCUGAGGAACUCCAUCAGCCUGGUGGUGGUGAAGGUGCUGGUGCUGGAGGAGGCGGCGGCGGGGCCGGAGGUGUCCGACAACGGGGGCCUCACCCUGCGCAACUUCUGCAGCUGGCAGCAGAAACUCAACCCCCCGAGCGACCGGCACCCGGAGCACUACGACACCGCCAUCCUCCUCACCAGACAGGAUUUCUGUGGACACCAGAGCUGUGACACGCUGGGGGUGGCAGAUAUCGGCACCAUGUGCGACCGCAACAAGAGCUGCUCGGUGAUCGAGGACGAGGGCCUGCAGGCAGCCUACACCCUGGCCCAUGAACUGGGCCACGUGCUCAGCAUGCCCCACGACGACUCCAAGAACUGUGAGAGGCUCUUUGGGCCCCUGGGCCAGCACCACGUGAUGGCUCCUCUCUUCAUCCAGCUGAACAAGACCCAGCCCUGGUCUCCCUGCAGUGCCAUGUACCUCACUGAGUUCCUGGACGGGGGGCACGGUGACUGCCUGCUGGAUGCCCCAGCCCAGCCCGUGCCCCUGCCUGCCGAGCUGCCUGGCCAGAGAGCCCUGUACAGCCUGGACCAGCAGUGCCAGCAGAUCUUCGGCAAGGACUUCCAGCACUGCCCCAACACCACAGAGGAGGACAUUUGUGCCCAGCUGUGGUGCAGGACGGGCAGUGGGGAGCCCCUGUGCCACACCAAGAACGGCAGCUUGCCGUGGGCUGAUGGCACCCCCUGCGAAGCCGAGGGGCUGUGCUGGGACGGGCGCUGUGUGCAGCAGGACACCCUGAAGCCCCAGGCAGCGCUGGACGGCGGCUGGGGCCCGGGGCCCCAGCACGGCGGCAGCUACUGCCGGGGCCAGAGAGCGCAGUACCGGUCCUGCCACACCCAGGAGUGCCCGCCCGACGGGAAAAGCUUUCGGGAGCAGCAGUGUGAGAAGUACAACAGCUACAACUUCACUGACCUGGAAGGGAAUCACUUGGAGUGGGUUCCAAAGUACGCAGGAGUGUCCCCCCGAGACAGGUGCAAACUCUUCUGCCGAGCCCGAGGGAGGAGUGAAUUCAAAGUCUUUGAGGCCAAAGUGAUCGAUGGGACGCUGUGUGGCCCAGAGACCCUGUCCAUCUGUGUGCACGGGCAGUGCAUCAAGGCUGGCUGUGAUCACGUCGUUGGCUCCUCCAAGAAGCUGGACAAGUGCGGGGUGUGCGGUGGCAAUGGCUCCACGUGCAGGAAAAUAUCCGGCUCGCUCAACAGAUCCAAAUACGGCUACAAUGACAUUGUCACCAUCCCCGCCGGAGCCACCAACAUCGACAUCAAGCAGCGCAGCCACCGAGGGCUCCGGCAUGACGGCAACUACCUGGCCCUGAAAACCCUCGAGGGCAAGUACCUGCUGAACGGGGACUUUGCCAUCUCAGCCAUGGAGCAGGACAUCCUCAUUAAGGGCACCAUCCUGAAAUACAGCGGCUCCAUGACCACUCUGGAGAGGCUGCAGAGCUUCCGACAGCUCCCGGAGCCCCUGACCGUCCAGCUGCUGACCAUUGCCAGCGAGGUCUUCCCACCCAAAGUCAAGUACACCUUCUUCAUCCCCAAGGACGUCCCUUUCAGCAAGCAGAAGGGCAAAGAGAAGAAGUCGGUCAACGUCAUCCGGCCGAUGCUGACGUCCCAGUGGGUGCUGGGCGACUGGUCCGAGUGCUCCAAGACGUGCGGCUCCGGCUGGCAGCGGCGCACGGUGGAUUGCCGGGAUGUGGAGGGUCAAACCUCCUCUGCCUGCAACAGGUCCCUCAAGCCUGAGGACAUCAGGCCCUGCGGAGACACGCCCUGCCCUCUCUGGCGCCUGGGCCCCUGGUCGCCCUGCUCGCAGACGUGCGGCGCGGGCGUGCGGACGCGCGGCGCCUCCUGCAUCGAUUACACCGGCAAGGAGAUGCAGAUGCAGGAGCAGAGCAUCCUGCUGUACACAGACACCACGGGCUGGGGCGGGGGGCAGGAGAACGUGAGCACUGCAGCAUCGAGGUGCUCGGGGGAUACACGGAUGGAGCAUCCCUGUGCCCGGGGGAUGCAGGGCCGGGGCAUCCCGGUCCAACGUGCUCCUCGUGCUCGGGGGGGUGGGAUGUGCAGCCGGGGACAUACAUUUCCAAGUUCCCGCUGGCUGCAUGUCCCGGAGCCCCGCCCCGGAUGGGGAAAGGGGGGCACUGGGACCCUGUUCUCUGCCCGUUCCCGGGACCCCGUUCAGCCCCCGCUGGGCGGCUCUCAGAGCCCGUCACCCAUUGGGGGGCACUCGGGGCCCGUUUGUCCCCUGCUGGGGGACACUAGAGCCCCGUCACCCUCCGUUGGGGCGCAGCAGAACCCCGCAGGAGCCCGUUCCCCCGCGCUGGGGCGCAGCAGGACCCCGGUUCACCAGGACCCCGUUUCCUCUCCGGGGUUCACAGACCCCGUUUCUCACUCCGGGAUUCACUAG